AUGGCGAUACAACCCCAGUUGAAAGUAAUCGUUUCCGAUGCGGUCGCUAGAGCAGAGCCCCUCCCCUACCCCUACCCCAAGCACUUCGACGACAUUGAAGCAGCCAAGGCCUAUGUCGAGAGCAUUUGCAAGAAGAAGGACUUCAAGUACUCCAACGUCCUCACCUUGUCAUUCCAACAGAAGGAGUACAUCAAGGACAAGGUGCACUUCAUCGUCGCAGCCAAGGCAUUCGAACAAGGCGAGUUCUACCUGAAGAAAGCAAUGGAAGACAGGAACGCGCUUCGAGCCUCCAUCGAAGCCGACAUCCACCGCAUCCUCAACAUCAUCAAGCCCUCCGACUGGCCGCGCAUCUUCCUGGACGCCCAGCUCGCAAAGCACUUUGUGUCUCGCGCCUGUGCUGCCAAGAACUUUGCAUACACGGAUUUCCCGGGCGUCGAAAAGGCAAAGUACAUGGGUUUUGUGGAUUUCAACACUGCGCGCCAUGCUUUUGAAGCCGGCUUCUUCUUGACCAAGGAGCGGCCGCCCAAGGGCUGGGUGUGCAAGCCUCGUUUUGUUGCGAAGGGUGCUGAGAGGGGGAUUCAGAAGCGUCUGCCUGUGACUAGGGUGGUCGCUGGUGGUGCUUUCAAAGCUGCUGCUUUUCCUCCUGCUGCUAUGGUAAAGCCUGCUGGUAGUCCUGCUGCUGCCAUGGUCAAAGCUGGUGGUAUUUUCAGAGCUGUUGGUGGCGCUGCUCCUAUGGCAAAAGCUGUGGGUAUCGCUCCUGCUAUGCUGAAACCCGGUGGUGGUAUUACUACUAUGGUGCAAGCUGGUGGCCAUCCUGCUGCUGCUGGUUCAUAUGCGACACUACGAGACGUCAUUACAGCAGACGUCGCCCGUCUAACACCCCUCAUCCCCACCUGGCCCCUCUACUUCACCUCUCUCAACGACGCCCGCGACCACGUCGCCAACAUCUCGCACAACAACUACUUCAGUUACACGUACUGGCCUACCGUAGAACCCUGCCGCUUCCGCCUGUUCGUCAACUUCAACACCGCCAAGCGUGCGCUGCACAAUGGGGCGUUUAGCCUUGUCGAGGAAGUUGGUGUGAAGGCGGCGAGGGAAGAGUGGGCUGCGGUUGUUAAAAAGAGUGACGAUGCGCUGAAGAGUGGAAAUCAGGAGAAGGACGAGGGCGAAGUUACCGACAACGAGGAUGAUGGAUAUGGAGAUUCUGACAAGAUGGAAGUUGAGAUGGAGAAGGUCGAGUUCGAGGACGAACAGGAGGGCCAUGUUGCUACUCCUGCCGCCGCUGUCGAGGAACCUGUCAACCUGAUCGACUUUGACGACUCUGACCGCGACUCAGAUGCUGCUUCUAUCUCUCCGUUUGACGACUUGACAGGCCGUUUCCGAGAUGUGGAGAUGGACCCGUUCAAGGUCUUGCUUCCGGUAGCUCACGAGGCUUUCACACUUAAGUCUGCCUCUGGCUAG